CUCAAAGAUUGGCACGUAGUCUUAGCACUUGUAGAGUAAACACAAUUAGCGGGAACUAGCCGGCACUGGUGACGCACGCCGGGGAUUUACACUGUUAACAGAACCUCGAAAUACAAUAACAAUAAGUAUAAAAACAACGGUCCCCAAACGCAGACCAUCAUUACAGUCGCUGCUCACAAGUUAUUCACAACUGAACAACUUAGUUAUCAAGUGAUAACCUCCAUUGUAAAGUCAAGUUUAGUUCACACGGCAACUAUCAAAUAUGGAUUUUAAAUUCGGAGUACUUGUGGCCCUGAGCGCCCUUGCCUACACAGCAUACGCCGCCCAAGCGCCCUGCGUCUGCACCAGGAACUACAAACCCGUCUGCGGCUCAGACGGAGUCACAUACAGCAACGAGUGCUUACUCAACUGCCAGAGAUACUCAUCACAGAACGACAUCACCGCUGUUAGGAACGGACCUUGCGACCUUCCUUUACCUGAAACCUGCGUUUGUCCAUUCAACUACAGCCCCGUUUGCGGCUCUGACAGUGUGACGUACCCUAACAGCUGCUCGUUGAGGUGCAGUGCUCAGCGCAUCGCUGGUCUUGAGGAGCUCUACCAAGGUCCCUGCGCCCCUACUCCUCAGGAGCCACCGUGCACGUGCCCUCGCGAGAGAAAGCCUGUGUGUGGCAGCGACGGCAACACCUACAGCAACUCUUGUCUCCUGAACUGUGCCACCAAGGACAACAGCAUGCUCAGCAUCAGACACCUCGGAGACUGCCCCGACAAAGUCAAAGUUGUCGACUUCAUCACGAAUAUCAUGGGAGAGAGUUACGAAUUGGAAUACAUAAGGAGUUUUGAAUAUAGAAGUGAGGAAGACAAGGAUGAUGACGACGACUUCUGCGACUGCGUGCCCAUGGACAACCCUGUGUGUGGCAGCGACGGGGUCACAUACAAGAAAAAAUACUCACUCAAGAUGCAUCUCUUCAAGAUAUUUCAUUUUAAUUUAGGUACAGGACAGCUGUUAACCGGUACGUUCCUAGUGAUCACUCUUAUUCGCACUACCGUUGGCUCACAAGGAACCUGCACCAAUCUCGCGGACUUAGCAGAACCAUGCGGCUGCACCCUCACUCAGGACAACUUCGACCCGGUCUGCGGCUCUGACGGUCAAUCCUACAUGACCCUCUGCUUCCUGGCGUGCAAGCAAAGUAUCGAGGGCAGGAGGAUCACAGUGGAGCACAAGGGCCCCUGCUCUAAGAAGUCGAACUGCGUGUGCAACUCGCUGUACGACCCGGUGUGCGGGAGCAAUGGCAUCACGUACCCUAACGAGUGCGUGUUGUCGUGCAACGUGCAGAAACUGUCCAGCCUUAAGCUGAAACACAGGGGCAUGUGCAAUGAUGACUACGAUGAUUCACGGGAGAAAUUGACACACUCACAGGCAUCAAGUCCGUGUGGUCAGAGCCGGCCGGCUACGGAGAAACCCAGGCCAUGUGACAGGCCAGAAGAGAAACUCCAGACGUUAUCAGAAGACGACACGUGCUACUGCUCGUCCGUGAACCGGCCGCUGUGCGCCAGCAACAGCGUCACCUACACCAACAUGUGCGUGCUACACUGCACCAGGAACAAGGACCCCUCCAUUAAAUUCGUGCGCUGGGGUGGGUGCGAGCACAGCAGGUCCGAUGAGACUAUACGUUUGGUCAGCCGAGGGAAACCUUCAAAAUAUUGGGACAAUACUCUUCGCAAAAACAAAGGUCCGAUGAGGUUCAACUUGAAACCAUUGCGUGGACGCAACAAAUACUAAAUCUCCGUUAUUUCAUAGCAAAUCAUUGCAAUAAAAUAAUAUUAAUCGAC